UAGAUCUGUUUCCGGCCAUUUUUCUCCGAUCAACACGUUAGAAUUUGCGUCUCUAUUUCAAACUCACAGAAACCCUAAAACUCUCCACCAAAACCCUAAUCUUCUAGCUACCUAAGUUUUCUACAUUUCGCAGUAGUAUAGAAACAAUCACAACUGAGCAACAAUGUCGAUGUCGAAGAGUUCAAAGAUGCUCCAAUAUAUCAAUUAUAGGAUGCGCGUGACAAUCCAAGAUGGCCGUCAGCUCGUCGGUAAGUUCAUGGCCUUCGAUCGACACAUGAAUCUCGUCCUCGGCGAUUGCGAAGAGUUCCGUAAGCUCCCACCUGCAAAAGGUAAGAAGAACGAAGAACGCGAGGAACGACGAACUCUAGGGCUUGUUCUUCUCCGUGGAGAAGAGGUUGUGUCCAUGACUGUUGAAGGUCCUCCUCCUCCUGAAGAAUCACGAGCUAAAGCAGUCGGUGCUGCUGCCAUGGCUGGCCCUGGUCUUGGCCGUGCCGCAGGCCGUGGAAUCCCUACAGCGCCGCUUGUGCAGGCUCAACCUGGGCUUGCUGGUCCUGUUCGUGGUGUUGGUGGGCCGGCUCCCAAUAUGAUGCAACCUCAGAUUUCACGGCCACCGCAGCUAUCAGCACCGCCAAUGGCUUAUCCACAGGGUCCGGUGAUUCGUCCGCCAGGACAGAUGCCUGGUUUCCCUGGGCAACCCCCACAGCCGCUGGGUAGAGGCCCACCACCACCGGGGCCUUCUCAGUUCCCUCCUCGGCCUGGCACUGGGCCAACUCAGCCGUUCCCAGUGCCACCGCAGUUUGGGCAGCGGCCGAUGAUGCCUCCGCCUCAAAUGAUGAGGGGACUACCUCCGCCACCACGACCAGGUAUGCCAGGUCCACCCCCUCCACGACCGGGAAUGCCGCCUCCACCUGGUGGCACUAUUCCAAUUUAUGGUCCACCACGUCCUGGUAUGCCCCCACCACCGAAUCCUCAGCAACAGCAACAGAAUCAGCAGCAGCAGCAGCAGUGAUUCGGUAUGUGCUUUUGCCUACUCGGUCAGGAGAACAAAUUUUUUGUCCAAUUUUGUAUCCGUAGUUUCUUGGGCUGUUCUCAAUUUGGGUACGAUAUUUUAGCAAUAACAUAGAACAAUUCUCCAUAUUGUUUUAGGGUAAAUGGUUAGAUAUUGAUUUCUGUCUAUGUUAGCUAGUGCUUCUUUUGCUUUUUGUGGGUGAUGUGCUCCUAGAUAGAGUGGAAUUGUGGAACAGGACUCGUGUAGCCAACCUAAACUCUCAGAUUAUUUGGAUAAGGACAGGUUAAAUUGAGUUUUCCUUUGUUUUUCUGUA